UCCAGUGAACGAACCGGAACGAACUAACUGUAAAAUCAACCCCCCAUCGACUACCAAAUGUGAUGUUUGAUUGAUUUAUAUGUAAUUGAUUCGCUGCUUGUAUAUAAUUAUUUCCAUGGCAUGUUUACGUGUCAGACAGUCUAAGAACCACAUGAAAACAUAAUAUUUAUGCGACAAAGUUCAAAGAGGACCCAAAGGGUACACAGUUUGACAUGAGUUCAACGAAACAUCGCAGAACCAGAUCUAAUUCACCGUCCCGGUACAGGGACCGGUCCAAUGCCACUAGAAGUCGUUCCCCCGAAGGUAAGAGAGGCAGAAGUCGUUCCCCCGGAGGAAAAAGAGGCAGAAGUCGUUCGAGGGAAAAGAUAGAUGGGAAAGGGGCCUCAAAAAGAUCGCCAUCCGAGAGCAGCGGCUCUCGGAGCAGUUCGGGUUCUGGGACGGAGUGCCGGUCCAAAGGCAGAAAACGGACUUCUGUAGAGCGCCACCAGCACCGUUCGAAAAGUGACUCGGACGGUUCGGAGAGAAACGUGCGGAAAGAGGGGCGACAGAAGUCGAACAACCGAGAACCCUCGAACUCCGAAUCAGAGGAUGGACAGCGGAAGAAAAAGAAGGAGAAGAAGAGGGGAAGAGAUGGGAAACGGGACGGGAGGAGCCCGUCCGGCUCGGCCUCCGACUCCAGCGCGGAGCGAGGGAUGAGGAGGAGCCCCAGCCGGGAGAGGCGGCGGAGGGGGGAGAGCUCGCGGGAUGGAGGCAGGCGGCGGAGCGCGGAGAGAGAGCGUGGCAGGGACCGGAGGAGCCACGACCGCAGACGGCCGCGGAGCCGCGACCGGGAGAGCAGGAGACGCGGGAGCAGAGACCGGGACCGCGAACGGGAGAGAAACAGGCGGAGGCGCUCCAGCUCCCGUUCAUCCGUGACGUCGCAGUCCUCCGACUCCGACGGCGGCAGCGAUGGAGGCUCCUCGGGGGGGAGCGGCGGCCGGAUCUCGGCGAAAGACGAGCAGCGGAACCGGAAGGAGAUGAUGAAGGCCCUGGAGACUCCGGAGGAGAAGAGGGCCCGGCGGCUGGCCAAGAAGGAGGCGAAGGAGCGGAAGAAGAGGGAGAAGAUGGGCUGGAGCGAGGAGUACAUGGGUUACACCAACGCAGACAACCCGUUCGGAGACAACAACCUGCUGGGCUCCUUCAAGUGGCAGAAGGCUCUGGAGAAGAAGGGGAUCGGACACCUGGGAGACAAGGACCUGAAGGAGAGGAACAAGCGCAUCCAGGAGGAGAAUCGCAGGGAGCUUCAGAAGGUGAAGCAGCUCCGGUUGGAGAGGGAGCGGGAGAAGGCCAUGCGGGAGCAGGAGCUGGAGAUGCUGCAGAGGGAGAAGGAGGCGGAGCAUUUCAAAACCUGGGCGGAGCAAGAGGACAACUUUCACCUGCAUCAGGCCAAGCUACGCUCAAAGAUCCGGAUACGGGACGGGCGGGCCAAGCCCAUCGACCUGCUGGCCAAGUACAUCAGCGCCGAGGACGACGACCUCGCCGUGGAGAUGCACGAGCCCUACACCUUCCUCACCGGCCUGACCGUCACCGACAUGGAGGACCUGCUGGAGGACAUCAAGAUCUACAUGGAGCUGGAGCAGGGGAAGAACGUGGACUUCUGGAGGGACAUGACCACCAUCACCGAGGACGAGAUCAGCAAGCUCCGCAAGCUGGAGGCGUCCGGGAAAGGGCCAGGGGACCGGCGCGAGGGCAUCAACACCUCGGUCAGCACCGACGUGCAGACGGUGUUCAAGGGGAAGACGUACAGCCAGCUGCAGGCGCUGCACCUCAACAUCGAGACCAAGAUCCGCGCCGGCGGCUCCAACCUCGACAUCGGCUACUGGGAGAGCCUGCUGCAGCAGGUCCGGGUCUACAUGGCCCGCGCACGGCUGAGGGAGAGGCACCAGGACGUCCUGAGGCAGAAGCUGUACAAGCUGAAGCAGGAGCAGGGCGUGGAGAGCGAGCCGCUGUUCCCCAUCAUCAAGGAGGAGCCCGACGCCGAGGAGGCCGCCACCGCUGCGGACGAACCAAACGAAGAGGAAGCAGGUCCGUCCUCUUCCUCGCCCCCUGGGACCUCCCGCAGACAGGAGGAGGAGGAGGAUGAGGAGGGAGGAGGAGAGGGGGAGAAGACUAAGGAAGGAGAGAAGGGGGAGGAGGAGGCGGAGCAGGAGGAAGGGGAAGGCGGGGCGGAGGCGGUUCUGACGGAGGAGGACCUGAUCCAGCAGAGCCAGGCGGAGUACGAUUCGGGCCGGUACAGCCCGCGCCUGCUGACCACCUCCGAGCUCCCGCUGGACACCCACACCAUGGACCCGGAGGAGGACCUGCACCGGCUACGCCUGGCCCGCAGACAGAUGCAGGUCACAGGCGACGCCAGCGAGAGCGCGGAGGAUGCGUUCGUGCGGCGGGCGCGGGAGGGCAUGAGCGGAGACGAGGCGCAGUUCAGCGUGGAGCUGCCCCUCACGGGCAAGAUGUACCUGUGGGCGGACAAGUACCGCCCGCGGAAACCCCGCUUCUUCAACCGCGUGCACACCGGCUUCGAGUGGAACAAGUACAACCAGACCCACUACGACUUCGACAACCCGCCGCCCAAGAUCGUCCAGGGCUACAAGUUCAACAUCUUCUACCCGGACCUGAUCGACAAGCGGUCCACGCCGCAGUACUUCCUGGAGCCCAGCCCGGACAACCGGGACUUCGGGGUCCUGCGCUUCCACGCCGGGCCCCCGUACGAGGACAUCGCCUUUAAGAUCGUCAACCGCGAGUGGGAGUACUCCCACCGGCACGGCUUCCGCUGCCAGUUCGCCAACGGCAUCUUCCAGCUGUGGUUCCACUUCAAGCGGUACCGGUACCGCCGCUGAGGAACCGCCGGGCCCCUCCCCCCUCCCUGUACAGUGUUUUAAGGGGGCUGGCACAUUCUAGGCUCCUCCCUCAGCAAACCUUAUCUGAAGGAUGAGUGGACUCCAGGCCCCGCCCAUUACAGCUUUAGCUGGAGGUGGCCGCUAAGCCCCUCCCACCACUAGGUUUAUUGGCCGGGUGCUGAAAUGUGAUUGGGCAGUCUUGGCUCUUGUUGUAAGGACCACCACCGCCAUUUUCAAUGUGCGUAGAGAAGUUAAUACUGCAAAAGGUUUUUUUUUUUCUUCUUUUUUUCUUUCUUUUAAACACAAUUUUGUUUGUGUAAAAUGGGGAGUUUGGAGUUUCUCUAGCUUCUGUGUUAAUUUCUCAGACUUGUCUUUUUAAACGGUGCAUUUAUAGAUGUUCAAUAAAAGGUUUCUUUUACUAAAGAAAA